AUGAUACUUGGGAUGGAGUUUGAGUCUAAUUGUGAAUCCUAUUUGCAAUACAAUGAGUAUGCUAGGACAAUUGGUUUUAGUGUUCGCAAGGAGUAUGUCAACGAAAAUAAAGUCGAUAGCUAUGUGACGUCAAGAAAGUUCACAUGGUAUAAGGAAGGUCAUCGAGAGAAAGACAAACUUUAUUUGAGCUGCCAUGCAUUAAAAUUUUUGGAUGUCAUGGAUGUAAAAGAAACAAUCCCCAGCAACUACAUUAUGAAAAGAUGGACAAAAGAUGUUACUGCCAUGAAUCCUAUAGAUAUAAAUAAAGACAAGGAAGAUAUUCUUGUAGCUUCUUCAACUCAUGCUAAAAAUCCACAAGAAGGUAGUAACGAUGUUGAAGUCUUUGUAGAUAGUGCAAAUGUUACAAAGGUGAUGGGUUUAAAGAGGAAAGAGUCAACAUAUCGUUGA